UUGGCGCCAAACCAACUAGCGUUUUGUUACGUAUCAUCAUCAGCGGGAACUCGAGUAUAUCCACGUGAUCCCAUUCGCCGCUAGACUCGCGUGGUUUGUUUUGUUCGGCGCGGAUCGCAUGUGCAUUUCACUACGCCGUUCAGCCGCCACCCGAUAAAGCAACGGCUAUCUCGAGAAAAAUGAUAAGCCCCGUUCAGGCAGAAGAGCGGAGCCGGAAAGGAUCGUGUUCGGGCCACAACCAUGCGGCGGACUGUCUUUUGCAAGCUGCUUCAGCGGCAAACCUACAACGUCCUGUCUGAGAAGCGUCUUUGCGUGGUUUCGCUUCUCGCGUUCGCCGUGCUGGCCGUCUCGGCUUUCCAUUUUUGUGAGGUUGCGUUUGAUUGGAGCAAGACCAAGUAUGCGGCCGUCUUUGACAGGUUCCGAGACAACAUUGGCGGCGAGAACUACCAAGACAGGAUGUGCCAAGACAUGCCGAUUGAUGCUGUCUACACCUGGGUGAAUGGCACCGACCCAGAACUCGUGAGGAAUCUGUCUCUCAUCAGAAAACAACUCAUGCUGGAGGCCAACAAGUCAAGCCCAGCAGUGUGCCCGUUCAAGAUGUGCGUCAUGUCUCCGAUCCUCAUACUCAAGCCUGACUUGAAUGACUCGUCAUUGCCAACCGUGCAGGAUGCUGAGGUUGAGCGGGUCUUUCGGCUGUCGCACAACGUCAAGGAACCACGCUCUCUCGGGGCUCUUCUGUACUCCUCUGUGGACGCAGCCAAGCGGGGUGCUACGAUUGGCCACACACUUGUGUCUGGAAAGAACGUUUCCGUCGGUGUCACGUUCGUGACCGCAGACACCACAGCCAGCAGCACCGUCCCAAUAGAAGACAUGCUCAUGGUGUCGGGGAUCUCGUCCGGAGUAAGCGCCCAGGAUGUGACAGAGAAGUUGUCGUAUGCCUUGCAGGAUGGCGUUGUCAAGGUGUACAUGUACGAGGAAGAGAGCCUGGCUCUAGUGGUCACCUCUGGGAAGUCGGCAACCGAGUUGCUGUCCAAGGUGAAUGUGUCGCUCAAGGCACGACUAGUCACAAUCAGCCGAGUGUCCCUAGUCGUCGAUCCCCUGCUGGAAAAUGAAGAUCUUGUGGCAAGCCGAUUCGCUGACAAUGACGAACUGAAGUACUCGCUGCGGUCACUAGAGCGGUAUGCACCCUGGGUGCGGAAGGUCUACAUAGUCACCAACGGUCAGAUUCCUUCGUGGCUCAACUUGGACUGCCCUCGAGUCACUAUAGUUACUCACGAGGAGAUCUUUCCCAACAAGAGUCACCUGCCAACGUACAGCUCUCCAGCCAUUGAGACACACCUGCACCGCAUCCGAGGCCUGUCGCAGCGCUUCAUCUACCUCAACGAUGAUGUUUUCUUUGGCUGGAAUGUGUGGCCAGAAGACUUCUACACUCAUGCUGGAGGCUACAAGGUGCGCCUGGCCUGGCCUGUACCCGACUGUGCGUUGGGCUGCCCAACGUCAUGGGUGAAGGACGGCUACUGUGACAGGCCGUGCAACAACUCCAAAUGUGAGUGGGAUGGUGGAGACUGCCUGGGCCCUGCAGCCUCGGUGACGGCUCGCCCUUUCAACCUACUCCCUUUUCCAAGGCCGGACCUGAGCAAGUUGUACUGUAGCACAAGCUGCGCCAACAGCUGGCUGGCCGACAAGUUCUGUGACCAGGCAUGUAAUGUACUGCCAUGUGCUUUCGAUGCCGGCGAUUGUGGAACUGCAAACUAUGGACAGUUGUAUUCCCUGGACUUAUCGUGGCACCAGCGAAAUUACAGCCUCCCUUUAGGCCACACGCUUGCCUACUUCAACCUGUCCUCCUUCCUGAGUGAGGGUGGCUCCUUGACGGACGGAAACUACGAGGAGAACGCAGCCGUGCGUUUAGUGGCAGUGUCCGUGCCGAGCAGUGUCAUCACAGUCAUGAUCUUCCCAAACAGCAGUGCCACCAGGGUGGAUCUGUCAGUCAGUGGCCAAAGGGGCAGUGUGUCCUUCGAGCACAGCGGGCCGCGACUGACGAGCACCAUGAUCGGCCAACGGUCCACGAAGGCAGCACCAGGCAGGCCCCAUCCACGAACCGGCUUCCGGCCGCUGCCCCAGGCAGGAGCCGCGUCGCAGUUCAAGUUUGCGCUGAUAACUGGUGUGGAUGUGCCAGCAGAGAAUUUAACAACUGCUGUACCAUUGUUGCCAACAGAAGUGAGCUUACCACCACUAAAAGCAUCGGCAGUUACUGAGGAAGCUGUCAACUUCACGGGAUACCCAGAGGAUAUGAGGUACCCACCAGAUCCGCAGCUGCUGCCAGAUGGCGAGGAGUUGUAUCGCUACGCGAACGUCGAUGUGAGACGUUCGAUGCUGCCUGGGGAACUCGUGCGCGAGAUAGUGGAAGCCAGGGUUCUGUACUCUACAGGAUUGGUAACCCUGAAAGGCUUUCGCAAACGCAAGUCCCAGCUGAUUGAGCAGUACAUGAGAAAUGCCACCUUGGUUGGAGACCAUGACAUUGACCUCGUCUUCCGGCGAAAGGGUGCCACUAAUGCUGCUGCAGCCAACGAGACCAUGCUUCGGCCACCUCAACGAGCGCUGCUUGGUCUUCAGGAGGGCUGGUUGCCAUGGGAGAAGCAGAACGUGUUUGGCGCCUUGGUGAAGCAGAGGCGCAUGGAGGCAGCGACAGAGCGCACCAGGUGGCGGGGGCGGCGCUUGCUAGACACCUUUGGGGACUCUCUGCGGCAUGUGAACCGGUUGUUCAACACCGCAUUUGGCUACGAGACACGCAAGGUCCCCUCGCACAUGGCACACAUGAUCGACGUUGAAGUUAUGAAACGGCUUCAAGAUAAGUUUCCUGAGGAGUUUGACAGGACCUCGUCACACAAGAUCCGCAGCCCCGACGACAUGCAGUUUGCCUUCUCCUACUUCUACUUCUUGAUGAGCGAGAAACACGAGAUUCUGCCGGAGGAGUAUUUUGAUAUAUUUGAUGUUGACAAGUCGGGGACCUGGUCUGACCGGGAGAUCCGGACGUUAGUCACUCGUAUUUUUGAGCUGCCCAUGGAGGCUGCCAACUCGCGUAAGGUGGAAGAGCACCUGACAGAAUGUGCUCGCAACUUCACCCCUGCCAUCGUUCCCUCUACACCGUCCUAUGAGCGCUACCUAGAGUCUAAACUGCCCACAAUUACCAAAGAAGCGGUGAUGAAGUGUGAGCCCAUCUUGUCCUUGUUGCGAAAAGCAUUACGCACUGUACCUUCCAAUCAUUUUGAGACGGUCAAGGUGGAGGACUACGUCUUCCGCAUGCUCAACAACAACGCCUCUCGCGUCCUCAUGCAGCUCGAUGAACUGCGCCGCGUGCCAAAGAAGUUCAUCUGCCUCAAUGACAAUCUGGACUACUCCAGCAAGGAACUGAACCUUGUGCGGCUAGUCGUUCACGACUUCUACGAGAGCCUUUUCCCAACACCGUCGCAGUUUGAGCUGCCGGCAGAGUAUCGGAACCGGUUUCUGUACGUUCGGGAACUGCGUGCCUGGCGUGCCGAGCGCAACUGGGUGCACGCUGUCACCUACGUUGCAUUCGGCGUCCUAGUCGCAUUCACCGCUGUCGCCUUCUGCAAUGCCCUGCGGAGCAACCGAAAAUCUUGCCGAUCGGACAACGCCUGCAUCAUCUGAAGAUGCCACUGUCUGCUGGCGGAUUUUUCGGGUGUCACAGGCGUAGCGGAGCUUCUCAAAGCCGAAGACUGCCAGGGAGGUAGUGACCAGCAGAGCCCACAUCACGAAAAUGGCGUAGGUGUCUUCGAAGGUCAGAGUGACCCGGUUGCCGUCACGGCGGCAGUGGUCCCAGUUGCCCAGCAUCUGGGCAAUCCAGCGAUCCAUGAUGCCCAUCUCGCGCAGCCACACCAGUCUGCACCGAAAAGGAAAGGCACAGCUCACUCAUAAUGGUGGCAGCAUUUCUGCUUGUUGGCAGAGGCUACUCUCAGAUGCACUACUGUGUACACCAUUGAAAGGAAGCACCAAACUAGUAUUUCCGGAUUUGUACCAGAUCCAUGUUGAUGUGAAGGCUGUGCACAAUUAUUAUUAUUUUUUUUUCACCACAAUACCUCUAAGAAAUCUGUCUCAUCUAGCAGCUCAUAUGGUGAUUGCAAUCAUGAGUUACACUCAACCUGCCGGGGUAGAAUAUAGGAGGUAAAGUGUCAUGCUGCUCAGGUCGAUUUUGAUAGCCAGUCAUGGUAAGCACAUUUUUUAUGGCAGCAAAGUGUGCAUAGAAGAACCUCAGUUGGUUAAAUAUAAUUCAGAGCCCACCACUACUGCUUGCCUCAUGAUCAU